AUGGCAGACGCUGAUGUAGAAACUACUCCCGGGGACGAAAAUGAUGAUAAUUGGCUUUAUGGAGAAUCAACUGCUGAUCGGAUUGAGGGAGAUACAUCUAACGACAAAGCUCAGCUACAACCAAGCGCUGACGACGGAGCCGCAGAUGCAGAGGACAAAGAGCAGGAGGAAGGUGAAGGUGAAGGUGAAGGUGGAGAGGGGAAUGAUGAUUCCCACUUUAAUGAUGUGCACUUUGGUGAAGUGGGCCGCGACAACGCGGAGCCAGCUAACGGGGAUGCUGAUAGCCAGGACAAUGGAGACUCCGACUCUGAUGAUAGUGAUGAUAUUAAAGUUACUAUUGGCGAAAUUAAGUCUGGACCACAGGCAUAUACUGGUAUGAAUAUAAAGCGAGGCGUAGGCCUUGUAGCAACAGGUGGUGAGAAACCUAGUCCGGGACCAGCUGCUGGCGGCAAGGUGACACUGGAGGACCUAGAAGGGCCAGGCAGCAUCAAUGGAGUGCCAGCUCUUGAGUUCAACAUUGAUACCAUUGAGGAUAAGCCAUGGAACAAGCCUGGUGCUGAUAUAUCAGAUUACUUCAACUAUGGCUUCAACGAGGUGACGUGGAGCGCGUACUGCGACCGGCAGCGGCGCAUGCGCGUCAGCGAAGCGGGCGUGAAUAUGCACGCACCGCCGCCACGUGCGCCGCCGCCCGAGCCGCGCCGUCUGCAGGGCCCUCCAAUGAUGAGGCAUGAGGAUAUGAGUGGACCACCAGGAAUGCAGAACAAUAACAGCUAUCAAGCUCGAGAAAACACGAUACAGGUGAUGACGGCCGAGCGGCGCGAGUACGGGCGCGUGCACACGCGAGACGCGCCCCCUCCAGACUACUUCACUGCGCCGCCGCCGCCCGAGCACGCGUACUACCCGCCACAGCACGCGCCCUACGAGGAAACUUGGGCUCACCCGGAGCAAAACAAUUGGGCGCCGACUGAAAUUAAAGAGCUCACGCCCGGUCCUAUGGGUCCUCCUAUGGGGCCUCCUAUGGGUCCGCCAAUGGCAAUGCAAGCGCCAGUAGGACCACCGCACGCCAUGCCACCGGUUCACGUCAUGGGGUCGUCAUACGCGCCUCCUUAUCGCUCGCAUUUACCACCACAUCUACACGAAAGAGAGCGCGACCGAGAAAGGGAAAGAGAUAGAGACCGGGAAAGAGACAAAGAACGCGAUAGAGAUAGACUGAGAGAGCGCGACGACAGGGACCGGAGAGAGAGGGACAGAAGAGAAGAGGAGGAGAGAGACAGAGAGCGCGAUCGUUCUCGUUCUAUUAAACCCGACAGAAUAAGAGAGAAGUCGUACAGGCGUGAACGAUCACGAUCAAGGUCGAGACGCCAUAAGUCGCGUUCGCGAUCGCCGCGACAACGCGACCGCUCCAGAGACCGCGAGAGGUCGCGUGACCGCGAGCGCAUCAUCAAGCCGAAACAAACAAAGGAACCGAAAGAGAAGGACGAAGAAAAAUAAACACGGGCCUUAAGUUGCGAUAACUGCGCUUUAUGUAGUGAUAAGAAUUUUUGAUUUGAACAGUGUUUCCGAUUAUAAAAUAAAUAUUUUAAACACAAA